AGCGCCUUUAAGCAAAUUACCAGGCGUCAUUUAUAUAUAUAUAUAUAAAAGUCAGUGCUUUCUCUGCUCCAUCCAACAAUGGUUCCAUGGCAUACAUUGAAGUUUGCUCUUCUCCUCUCAUGCUCCCUCAUUAUCCUCAACUUUUGUGCUCUUCCCGUCCAUGCUCUUAACAUCGGUAUUCAAGCUACAGAUAUCUCUGCUUCUGUGGGUAAAAGUUGCAGUAGAAAAUGCGAGUCAGCGUUCUGUCAAGUUCCUCCAUUUUUAAGAUAUGGAAAGUACUGUGGGCUAUUAUACAGUGGAUGCCCUGGGGAGAAGCCUUGUGAUGGUCUUGACGCCUGUUGCAUGAACCAUGAUGCUUGUGUGGUUAAAAACAAUGGGUAUCUAAGCCAAGAGUGCAGCCAAAACUUACUCAACUGCAUGACUAACUUCCAAAACUCAGGAGCCCAUUCGUUUAAGGGGAGCAGCUGCAAAGCUGAUGAGGUGAUUGGUGUUAUUUCUGCUGUCAUGGAAGCUGCUUUACUUGCUGGAAGAUAUCUUCAUAAACCUUAGAUUGAAGUCUCCUUCCUCUACAGAGAGGGACCAAGAACUUCAGUUUGUUUUUUCUUCUCAGUUUUUUUCGCUUCUUCUUUUUUAGAAGUUGAAACACCAUUUAACCCAUUCAUUUCUAAAUGUAAACUUUCACGUGACACUUAUCACGUUUAUAAGCUAAUGUGGCAAUUCACGUGCAUGACA